AACCUAAAGCAUCUUAUCCCUCUCUACCUCUUCUUCUUGAUAACUGGGGGACAUAUUCUAUUGCCGGUCAUCAUCACUACUGCCCUACUCCAUAGGAAGUUGUGCUGGCAUCCAACCUUAAUAAAUCUGUGCGUGACAUGCGUGUGCUACUCGAUAAUACACUGUCUCUAUCUAUACACAGGAGAAGACGUCCAUCCUCGCUACCAAACAGUGUGCACAGUUCAAGCAGCGAUGAUAUACGGAGCUGCCCCAAUGGCCACAGUUGCAGUUGUCGGCGUCGCUAUCCAUACCUGGACAACUAUUCAAAACUUUGAACACCACUUUGCUGAGAAGUUCCCUCGGUGGCUUUGCAGGUUCCUAGCGAGUACACGGCAAGAUUGUAUGAAUUCAAAUCGCGCUAACUUUGAGCCGAUUCAGAUAAUAUCACCGCCGUAUAUCGUAUUCGCAGGGUUUUCAAUUGGUGCAUCGAUUUUGACAAAACUACACAAGGCCUCCGCACAACCGUUUAAUGGUCUUUUCUGCACGUCUUAUAUGUUUACCGAACUUUUUAGAGCAUUGGCAGUUCCAGGGUUCUGUGUCGCGAUGAUGGCAUCGGUAUUAUGUUUUGAAGCUGCUAUUGCCAUCCAAUAUUAUCAUAGAUGGAAACGUAUCAAGAAUUCGUUCCCGCUCCUAGCACCUAGGCGACCUUCAACCGCACUCAUUUUCAGAGUUGGCCUGUUUUGCUUGUAUUCGUGGGCGGCUCUAAUGUGCGUGGAAGAUUACGUGCGAGAUUUGUGA